AUGGAGACGAUCCACUCCACCACCGUGCCAACCACCACGAGCGGCUGGAACGCAUUUCCCCAACAGACCUUGCAGUCUGUGGAUAUCAUCGUCUUGGUUCUGUACUUCAUGUUUGUUUUGGCGGUUGGACUGUGGUCCAUGUGGAAGACGAAGCGCAGUACCGUGAAGGGCUACUUCCUGGCUGGAGGGAAGAUGGUGUGGUGGCCGGGCAUGUUCUGUGUUCUGGUGCUGGCGUGGCUGUUCCUUCCCAUCUACAUGGCUGCUGGGGUCACGACCAUGCCAGAAUACUUACAGAAACGGUUUGGUGGCAAAAGGAUACAGAUCUUCCUAGCGAUUCUCUACUUGUUUAUCUAUAUAUUCACCAAAAUCUCAGUUGAUAUGUAUGCUGGAGCCCUCUUUAUCCAGCAGGCCUUGCACUGGGAUCUCUAUGUGGCUGUUAUUGGCUUGUUGGUGAUCACAGCCGUUUAUACAGUGGCAGGAGGCCUAGCAGCGGUGAUCUACACGGACACCCUACAGACGGUCAUCAUGCUGGUUGGCGCGCUGACUCUCAUGGGCUUUAGCUUUGCCAAAGUCGGAGGGCUCGAAGACUUGCAGAACAGAUACUUCAAGGCCAUUGCCAAGAGCCACGAUGGAAACAGCAGCUGCGGCUUGCCCAGGGAAGACGCCUUUCACAUAUUCAGGGACCCCGUGACGUCUGACCUCCCGUGGCCAGGGGUCCUGGUCGGAAUGACCGUCCCGUCACUAUGGUACUGGUGCACGGACCAGGUCAUUGUUCAAAGGUCGCUUGCAGCCAAGUCCCUGUCUCAUGCCAAGGGAGGGUCUUUGCUGGCCUCCUACCUGAAGGUCCUGCCUCUCUUUAUGAUGGUUUUGCCUGGCAUGAUCAGCCGCAUCCUCUUCCCAGACCUGGUGGCCUGCGCUGAUCCGACCACCUGCAAACAAAUCUGCGGCAACCCGUCUGGAUGCUCUGACAUUGCUUAUCCGAAACUCGUCAUUGAACUUCUGCCAAUAGGUCUCAGGGGGCUCAUGAUGUCCGUCAUGAUCGCAGCACUGAUGUCCUCUUUAACCUCCAUCUUCAACAGCGCCAGCACCAUUUUCACCAUGGACCUCUGGCGGCAUUUCAGGCCCCUGUCCUCGGAAUGGGAACUGAUGAUUGUUGGCAGGGUGUUUGUCCUGAUCCUCGUAGUCGUGUCUAUCCUCUGGAUCCCGCUGGUACAAGCCAGCCAGGGCGGGCAGCUCUUCAUUUACAUCCAGACCAUCAGCUCUUACCUGCAGCCUCCGGUGGCCAUCGUCUUCAUCUUGGGGUGCUUCUGGAGGAGAACGAAUGAAAAGGGUGCAUUCAGUGGCCUGCUAGUCGGCAUGGUAAUGGGCCUGAUCCGGAUGGUACUGGAUUUUGUCUACCUGCUGCCACGGUGCGAUGAGCCGGACAACCGGCCGGCCGUGGUGAAAUACGUUCACUAUCUCUACUUCUCCAUCAUCCUGUCGUUCGUCACGCUGGUCGUGGUGGUGACGGUCAGCCUCCUGACAGAGCCUCCUCCGGAACAGAUGGUCAGCCGUCUAACGUGGUUCACCCGCAAGGACGUCCCGGCAGUGAAGGACCCCGAAGGCUCCGGAAGCCCGUUUCCCAACUCUGCCGCCGGAACCCACCAGGUUCCCCCUCCUCUGGCAAUGCAGCUCACCAUGAUUGACGGUCCAGAAACCAUCGGCAAAGACAAGACAAGUGCCUUGGAUGGCAAGAAGACCUCUAAAUGGAUGAGACUCUUUUUGUGGAUCUGCGGGAUGGACCACAGAGAAAAAGACACUCCUGGAGCAUCUAUAGCUGCCAAAACUGAAGCUGCCGUGGCUCCGCCAAAAGAAGCGCCGUGGGUGAAGCACGUCCUCAACAUCAACUUGAUAGUGUGCAUCGGUGCUGGAGUGUUCCUCUGGGCAUACUUCGCGUAGCGCUUAGCUCU